UCACCAGCCGUGGCCCGAGCGGCUCCAGCGGCCGCGGGAGCUGGUCAGUUCCCGCACUCUCUCUUCGUUGUCUGCCUCCUCCUACCGAGCGCCCUCGGCCAUGGUGUCCCUCGGCUCCGUGACUAACCGGCUGGGCUCGGUGUUCCCCUUCCUGCUUGUCCUGGUAGAUCUGCAGUACGAAGGUGCAGAAUGUGGAAUAAAUGGAGAUGUCGAAAAACAUCUUGAAAUGGGCAAGAAAUUAUUGGCAGCUGGACAACUAGCAGAUGCCUUAUCUCAGUUUCAUGCUGCAGUAGAUGGUGAUCCAGACAACUACAUUGCUUAUUAUCGAAGAGCUACUGUUUACUUAGCCAUGGGCAAAUCUAAAGCAGCAAUUCCUGACUUAAGUAAAGUGGUUGAAUUGAAGACUGAUUUUACAGCAGCACGAUUACAGAGAGGUCAUUUACUACUUAAGCAAGGAAAGCUUGAUGAAGCAGAAGAUGAUUUUAAAAAAGUGCUAAAAUCUCAUCCAAGUGAGAAUGAAGAAAAGGAAGCCCAGUCUCAACUACUCAAAGCUGAUGAAAUGCAGCGUUUACGUUCACAAGCACAUUCUGCUUUUGAUCGGGCAGAUUAUCAAGCGGCUAUAGCUUUCCUUGAUAGUAUUUUAGAGGUUUGUGUUUGGGAUGCAGAGCUGCGAGAACUUCGGGCUGAAUGCUUUAUAAAGGAAGGGGAACCAGGGAAAGCUAUUAGUGAUUUAAAAUCUGCUUCCAAAUUGAAGAAUGACAAUACUGAGGCCUUUUAUAAAAUCAGCACAAUAUACUAUCAGCUGGGAGAUCAUGAACUGUCACUCAGUGAAGUCCGAGAAUGUUUAAAACUUGACCAAGAUCAUAAAAGGUGCUUUGCACACUAUAAACAAGUAAAGAAGCUUAAUAAACUUAUUGAGUCAGCAGAAGAGCUCAUCAGAGAAGGCAGAUAUAUGGAAGCUGCUAGCAAAUAUGAAUCUGUAAUGAUAACAGAGCCAAAUGCACCUAUUUAUACUAUUCGUUCCAAAGAGAGGAUUUGCCAUUGCUUCUCCAAGGACGAAAAACCUGUUGAAGCUAUUAAAGCGUGUUCAGAAGUUUUACAGAUGGAACCUGCUAAUGUGAAUGCUCUCAAAGACAGAGCAGAAGCCUAUUUAAUAGAGGAAAUGUAUGAUGAAGCUAUUCAGGAUUAUGAAACUGCACAGGAACACAAUGAAAAUGAUCAACAGAUUCGAGAAGGACUAGAGAAAGCUCAGAGACUCUUGAAACAAUCUCAGAAGAGAGAUUAUUACAAAAUCUUGGGAGUAAAAAGAAAUGCUAAAAAACAAGAAAUCAUCAAGGCAUACAGAAAGUUAGCACUGCAGUGGCAUCCAGAUAAUUUUCAGAAUGAAGAAGAAAAGAAAAAAGCAGAGAAAAAAUUUAUCGACAUAGCAGCUGCUAAAGAAGUACUUUCAGAUCCAGAAAUGAGGAAAAAAUUUGAUGAAGGAGAAGAUCCCCUGGAUGCAGAGAGCCAACAGGGAGGUGGUGGCAACAGUUUCCACAGAAGCUGGAAUUCCUGGCAAGGCUUUAACCCCUUCAGCUCAGGCGGACCAUUUCGAUUUAAAUUCCACUUUAAUUAAAACCAACAAUGUUUUUCUGCUACUGUUCCUCCUCCUCUUAAACUUUUUUAAAAUUAGAAAACAAACCUUGUUCCAGUUUCAGGACCCUAAUGAAAUAUUUCAAAUCUUUCUGUUGUCCAUAACCAAAGAAUUGUUUUAAUAGGAAGAAUCCUUUAAGCUCUCUCUUGUUGGCUGGGGGUGGGAUGAUGAGUGAUGGCAUGUGGUUCAGUGCCUGGAUGAAGCAGCCAAGUCUCGGGCAGACUCUUGUAGAAGCACUAAUGUAUUUUUUUAUAUUUUUCUGCAUUGGAGCAAAUGCAAAUCCUUCCUCCUGUCAAAUCCUUCUGUUGUGUGUCAGUACCUACACAUGGUGCAUCUGUAAGCAUACACAAGCCAAAAAAGAAGCUGUCUCUCUCAGAAGACUGGGCCAUGUUUCAGUAUUCUUAAAUUGAAAGAUGAAUGAUGAGACCAAAUUCAAAACUGUAUUGAUUUAGGGCAACUUGCUUUUCUGAAGCAUAGACUGCUAGAAUGGGAUUUUGAACAAACACAAUUGUUACUGAUUUCUAAUAUUUUCAAAUGUUUAUUUGUUAAUAUAUGAACUUCCUCAAUACAUCUUCAGUUUGAUAUUUCUUCUAUAUGGUCACAAGUGAGAAUCCCUCAUUUAGAAAACUUGCUACAAAAUGAAGCUGGGUUUGGACUCUUGAUUGGGGUUAGAAAGCACAGUUUAUCUUUUUUUUUUUUUUUUGGUAGCUGAAUGAGAUUUCCUCAGGACUGCAUAACUGGAAUUGAAUGUCCUGAAGACCUGGGAGCAUUUUCAUUUAAGAAUAAAAAGAGAUACUUUGUUUCUGUAAAGAGUUAUUUUCAAAUGUUGAAAUUAAAAUAUAUAUGUGUGUGUGUGUGUAUAUGUGUAUAUAUAUAUAUAUAUAUACACACACACACACACACACACACACACACAUCUUCUAUACGAGUAGAGAGAAAAUUUGUUAGUAAUGAGUUUUUACCCGCCUUACAAAAUUUUCAAGAUCAGGAGUUGGUUUUGAAAUUUAAAGUUGCUUUUCCAGGAUAUAUAGACCUUUGAAUGCAGUAUUUCAAUAUCCUUUAUCAUUGGGGCUCUUUUAGACUACUUUUCUCAUCUCUCGAAGCCAGACUGGAACAUGUGGACCACCAUUGUGGUUCAUAGGAUCUUGUUUUGCUUUACAGGACUACUAGUUUCCCAACAUAUUUCAAAAUCAGAUGUUCACCUUUAUUAGAGUUACCUGUCUGAUUUCAAGCUCCUGGGAUUUUAUAGAGUCUUCCAUAAUCUUUUUUCCCCCUUAGAAAAAGGUGCCUCAACUUGCUGAACUCUACCCAAGUUUCCACCAUCAUUUCUCUGUAACAAUGAUAUUUAUCUCCUGAUGGGUCACAUGUUCCUUUUCUACUAGGUAAUUACUGAAGAGUAAUAGCUAUUCAGGCUUACUAUGUAGAGGGUUUUUUCCCCCGUUAAGAAUAGGAAUUGAUCUCUUGAAUAGAUCUCUUUAAUCAAGGACAUUGUACCUUUUAAGGAAAUACUAGUGCUGCAUUUAAAAUCUAAGAUAAUACAUUUAGUUAAUAAUUACUAAUUGCUCCCAAUGAAGUUUUUGUAGCACUCUUAAGUUUUGGGAGAAUACUUUUAGUAACAUAAGGUAUUUAAAAUUAUUAGGGAAUCAAGAGUUCUAAUCAACUGAGAAGGUAAUUUGACUAUACUGAUGCCAGCAUUAGCCAAGCACAAAAUUUUAUUCAUAAAUAUCAGUUUGUCUAUAGAAAUAAGAUUUUGUUUAAAAAGAUGUUGGGAGUAUAACCAUGUAGAUGAGUUGGGGAAACAUUUUGUAGAAAAUUUUAGUCAAUACCAUGAUGUCUAAUUGUCUCUCCAUAAAUGUAAUGCAUUGAAAAGAAAAUUUUCAUUGAUUUGCAGUUUUCAUUUGUUUUAUAAUGUCUUGAGGCUCAAUCCAGUAUAACAUACAAAUGUAUAAUGUAAGCUAUACUGUUUAACUCUUUGAAAAAUCUCAAGCAUUUAUACAACUGGAUCUAAUUCUGUUAACUACAGAAAUUAUUUUUGAAUCUGAUCUUUUAUCACUAAUUUUCCUUGGCAUCACACCAAGAAGACUACUACACAGCUCAUAGCCCUGCAGUAGUAGGGCUCUUCAGAACCUCAGAUAAAAUUUAUGAAGUCCCACAGCCUAUCAUUUAAAGAAUGCUGAAGUUGCUAGGAUAUGAGAGACCUAAAAGGGUGUUUGUGAUGGUCUUGGAUUGGAUUGCAUUGGAAAUUAGUGUUCUUUAAGAUAUUUGUUAUUGAUUUAGCAUCCAACUUCGGACUGCAUGCCUGAGUUUUCACUUCUCAGAAUAACCACAAUUCCAAAGCCUGAAGUCGGUUACUCACCCAAGGGAGGUGGACAGUUUAUGCUCAGAAGUCUUUUUCUCCAGAAGCACCAUAAUGAUAGAUUAGAAACAUUUGACUGCUUUAGUUCAUCCAAGAAGGAAGAGGAGCUAUCUAUUGCACAGUGCCAACUCCAUUAAAAGAGGAAGUCAGAUGUCUGGAAUGGUAUUGCAUUCUGCUACUUUAGGAAGACAGUAGAAAGACUAUGACGCUCUUAACCCUUGCCCAGUGCAAGGAGGUUCUUCCUGUUCAGAAAGACCAUAAUGUUUGCAACAAUGAUAAAGAAACAUUUGUGUAUUAAGGGAUAGUGCAACAGUUUGUCUGUCUAACUGUAGGAAGCCACACUGUACAAUGGGAAGAAUCAGAUUGGUGAAGGUUUAUUUUAACACAUUUCUUUAGUGACUGCUGCUCUUGUGCACUUUCUGCCGAUGUACUGCUUUUGGUCACAGGGCACAAAGCUUUUGUAGCUCUUUCCGUAAAAAUAUGCAGCAAGUCACAUGGGUGGAUACAUUACCCUUAAUUCUCUUGUUUUCUCUUUAAGAUUACUCACUUUUCAUUAGUGAGUUCCCUAAAAAAAUGUCUCAGAUCUAUUCCUUUGCAGUAAAGAUGGUUUAAUGGGAGUUACCCAUGGCAAAAAAGUAUUAAAUACACUAGUCUGUACAUGAUGCAAAAGCAGUCUUAAGAAGGGUGGUUUAAAGCUCAAUGAGAAGUCUGAAAGAAUGUACAGAAGUUUGUGCUUUUUACCAUGAAUAAAUGAAAAUGUAAACAAUUUGAGCAGUCUCUGCUGAAGUGAAUUGUAUAACAAAAUAUCCAACCAUCAGCUUGACUUUUAAAAAUGACAGUUUUCUACUUCAGAUCAGUAUUAAUCUAGCUUUUUUAGUGUCAGUAUAAAAGCAUUUGGGAAAAUUUUGGUCUCUGACAAUGGGAUCUAAAACUGCCCACAUCACUUGAAAGAAAAAAUACUGCCCCACCCCUAAAAAAGACGAUAAUUAAAAGAUACUUUUCAGAAUCAUAAUACAUACAGAACAGUGUCAUUUUAUUCAUGGUGAGAAGUGACAGUUUUCACCAGAGAGAAUUAAUUGGCCAAAUUUUUGCCUUAUUGUAAUAGUGCACCAUUUAAUUUUGCCUUGCAAAAAGAUUUGACCAGUAUGUCAGAAGAAUAGUUGUAAAAUAAAUUUGUACAGCCUUACUUAUUGACUAUAGUUUCCUUUUCAACAUUCAGAGAGGAAGGAGGAAGGCAAUUGUAAUUCUUCAAUGACUAAUACAGUUUUACUCUAAAUCAGAUCAUUCCUGUUAAUCACUACUUGUUAGUGGCAAGAAAUUUACUACAUUUUAAACAGGAUGAUAGUAGGUAGGGUAACUCAGUCUUGUUGCAGAGAUCUCUUGCUUGCUGUCUGAUUUAAGAUAAAUUAGCCACUGGGUGGCUCUGUAGAGUAACAAAAUUUUGUUGCCUUUGUUUACCUACAUUUGUCAACCUCUUCCUGCAGUGAUAAAUAUUGGCAGAGGUUAAAAACUGGUGAUCUUUCUUAUUGUAAGUUAGAUACUACUCCUACCCUAAAGCUAUAGUUCAGCAGUUUGAGUGAGAUGACUAACUUAAUGCAUCUUAAAAUUUUUGAAUGUUUUAUAUCAAAGGAAAGGAAACUAAAAAUGCAAUGAACUGGGUCUCAGUCAUGUCUACAAAUGUGGGUACUAUUUUUAUGCCAGUGUAUUUUCACAUUUAAUAAAGAUAUUUAUGGUGA